AUGUCGAAAAUUAGGGUUGCCAAACAGGAAAUUUUGGCUCACCAAGCAAAAUUCGAAGGAGCUUUUCUGAAGUCCGUUUUAUAUGAAGCUGGCCUAGUCGACAUUCUCACCGAUUUUAACAGGCGAAACGUUGUUUGUGUAGUAUUCUUUACAUUAUUGUUUGUUCCAGAAUUUGGAACUUGUGAGGCAAACAUUUUUUACGUCGGCCUUUAUAAUAGAUUCAAGAUUGACUUGUUGGAGCACAAAAAAUCUUUUAUACAACUGUCAGACAGACAAAAGAGACGUAGGAUUUUAGAAUAUCGAGUCCUGGAUAAGAAGAAUAAUUCUAAAAAUAAUCGAAUUGUCCAAAAUGGUUCGAACGAAAGAGAUAUUCUCUUAGAAGAUGGGCGAAGAGGUCUCUGCACUGCAGAUUUAGUUUCAGAAAUACCUCAAGACGUCCCUCCUGCCACGGAGAAUUUUGAAAAUGAAUUUUUGGAAGACAUAAAAAAUCUAGAAGAGUCUGACUUGGAAGAUAAAUUGAAUCGAUAUGACGAUGAUGAUGAUGAUCGUUCAGUAUCUGCACCCACAUUUUGGGAAAAAAUUUCCAUGAUUUGCAUUCAUCAGCAUAUUACUAGGCAAGCAGUAAACGACUGGCUGCAAGUUUUACGCGAUGCCGGUCACACUAAACUCCCAAAUGACAGCAGGACUUUGUUGGGCACUCCUCGCAAGACAUCUUCUGUUGCAGUUUUUUGAUGAAGGCGAUGUAACAGAAAUAGCAAUACAAAUUCAUUUUGACGGGCUACCACUUUCUAAACGCUCAAAAGAUCAAUUAUGGACCCAACUCGAAAAAAUAACAAAACCUCAGCUUUCUGGAGUAUUUCUAAUCGGAGCCUAUCACGGCAGAGAAAAGCCAAAACUAGCUUCCGAAUUCCUAAAA